AUGCCCCGCACUCGAUCAACUGCUCCCUCGGAGCAGACUGAGCCUAAACAAGAUAAUACAACAUUGACAUCGGUGGAGAAACCCAGCAAGAGCUUUAUUAUUCCGUCCAACGUGAGCGCCAAUGCGCGCCUGGUUUCCCUACCGAACCCACAGUCGGGCGAGCUAUCCCGCUAUUUCUUUUGCCCAGAGCGCGGCUUAUAUGAGUUCACUGUCAUCGCGUCUUCUCCUCAAUUAGCGCGCAGUAUUUUAUUUACCCCCGAUACGCAACAGUCGACGCCCGGGUCCGAAGAUGAGCGAAAAGUGUCUGCCGCAAAGGCAUCAAUUGCCAAAAAGGCAGAGUUGCUGGUCGCGACGCCAAUCGAUGCAAUCUUCUUCCUGAUUCCAUUGUUUUCAUUGUCAUCGAAGUCUGGCCAGUCCCUCUUCCAACCAUUGGACGACAUGAUCGACUCGAACGACGACCUUCCUCCGCACCUCCGCCAGAUUCUUUACAACGAGACAUUCAGAGGCAAUCUUCUGUCACGCGCGGAGUCUAUUUGUGAUAUUGUGGAAGCUGGUGAUGAAAAGAUGUUCCGUUUCAGCGAGACAAAGCUUCUGAAGGAGCUUGUUGCUAAAGCAGAGCGUAUGGCGGCCCACGGGCUGCCUGCAAGCAUGGAGGAACGAUUUGUUCGCCAAACAUUGGCCGCUCCACUGAUGUCAGUCAAACGUGAAGAUGUUUUGACCAACCAUACGUCAAAUGAGAAUGAAGCCAAUCUCUCUAAGUCAGACGAGCGACCAGACUCACCAUCGACAGUGGCCACAACAACAACACCAUCGGUAUCGACACCUGCCGGAGAAACUACGCCUGCACCGCAACCUUUGAAUGAGGGAUCAGCACCUGUGGAUGAGAUCGCUCGCCUGCAGCGGGUUUCCAUUGCCCUGUCUUUCAUGAAAGAUUCGUACCUGCCACAGACCUUGUGCUCUCGAGUCGACGAGAUGAUCGCCGCCCCGGAGAGCCCUUUAGAUUUCAAGCCAUUGACUGAGCGAUUGAAAGAACUCGUCACGCUUCGUGCUGAAGCCCUCGCAUCGAGAAGUACGAAUGACUUUAGCCGAAAACGCGGGUUGGAUGAUGAGGAAGUCGAAGCUCGUGCUGAUAAAAAACGCCGAAAGGAGGAGGAAGAAAAGAAGAGCAAAGCAUCUGAAUCUCGAGGAGUUCGUGAUCUUAAAAAGGUCAAUACAUCUGGCAUGAAGAAGAUGAGCGACUUCUUUGGAAAAGCUGCUAUGAAGAAGAAGACGUGA